UUCCUAAAAAGAAACCCAAGAUUGUCUAAUGAUUACAGUUGUGGAUGUUCCUUUGAUUCACUACAUCAAGGAUUUUUGCUGUAGCUUUUCUCUGACAUCCACUCCAUUCAGAGACCAGGAACUCUAUCCGCAAGUGGCUCUCUAUCAAGAUAUUGAAGACGCUGUGUACAACGACGAUUUUUUGUAUAAUAAACUGGAAGAUCUUUUGGAGUCCUUUGAUGAUCUUAGCGAAUAUAUUGAGAGCGGAGGCGAGACCAGAACAUUUCCACCACAGGAGUUUGAGCUGAUGAGCUUUGCAUCUUACAAAAGUGACCCACGUCACAAGGACCUGACAUUUCCUCCACUCGAUGUAAACCAACAUCCUAAGGCUUUCUUAAUUGUCUACAUCCCAAACCAAGGUGCACAUGAUCUUAGCUUAGAAAUUAACCAACUUUACAAGUCAUUACUCCCUAAACCCGAGGAUAUAACCAAACGGCAGAACAUAGUACAAAGGAUUGAGAACAUUAUUGGUGGCGCGUGGAACCAAAACUAUAAGGUCAAGGUAUAUGGUUCGAGUGCCAAUGGUUUCGGUUUUCGCGAUUCGGAUAUGGAUCUAGCAAUCGUUGCUCCCGAGUAUGAUUAUCCUUGGAUUAACAAACGAAAAGAGUCAAGGAAGCAGCAUUCAAUUAUGAAUAUGCAUCGAUUGGCUUUCAUAUUGAGAAAUAGUGGGAUGAUAAAUGUCAUGCCGGUUCCCAAUGCAAAUGUACCUAUUUGUAAAUUUGAUGUUUUGCCGCACAGAAUACAUUGUGACAUUAGCGUCAAUAAUCUCAUGAGUUCAACCAACACACGUCUUUUAAAAGCUUACUCGGAGUUGGAUCCACGAGUCAGGCCGUUUAUAUAUGCAAUCAAGGAGUUUGUGAAGCGCAGGAAUAUUAAUGAUGCCUCCAAUGGUUCCUUGAGUAGUUAUUCGUAUACACUUAUGGGCCUGUGGUACUUGAUGACGUGCGAUCCGCCUGUAAUUCCUAAUCUACAAAAUCCCAAGGAUUUUUUUGAAGGCCAAUGCAAUACAGAGGACUGCAACUCCCAUACAAAAAAUAUGGUAGAGACAGAAUACAAGCAUUCAUACAUCCACUGCAACAUUUCUUUCCAUGACUGUUUCAAACGCACAAGUCUUAAGCGGAAUGGUUUCAAGGAAAUUAGAUAUACAAGAAACGGAACAUUUUGGGCGACAAGAAAUGUAGCCAAGCUCGACCAAUUGUUAAUAGAUUUCUUUUAUUAUUACGGAACCAGACACAAUUUCAACCGUGCGAUUUCUAUACGUCUGAACAGAUCGAUGUUCAAGCGUAACCAGUGGGAUAAUCAACCGAUUGCAAUUGAGGAUCCAUUUAUUACUAGGCGUAAUGUAGGAACAUCUUGUCACAAAAAAGAGCUUGCGCUUAUCAAGAGACUUUUUUCUGCUACGGCGCACACUUUGGCCACUAAAAGAUUUUCUUUUGCCUCAGUGUGUAGUAUGCUUUAUUCCGAUCUUGUUAAGGCAGGCUCCCUUAAGAUGGCAAAAAUGACGACGCUGGGUCGUUGCCAAGCUGAUCGCUUGCCAAUCGAAAAAGCCGUCAUUAUUUCCGAUGUUCCUUAUUAUUAUGAAAGAGAUAUGGUUACAGACAUGGUCAUGUCUGAAUUGUCCGUUUACGGCGAGAUAGAAUCUAUCAAACGUUGGAAGCUCUACAGGAAGGAAGGCUCUAAAAACUACAUUGUUAAUAUCAGCAAUUUUGAUCCAUUUGUUUUGUUACCGGUAACCAUUCCGUCAAUGGACCAGGAAAAUGUUUCCUUUGAUGUCACUGAAUACUACGAAAUAUUUCCAAAUUAUUACAACUAACACAAAGAACGUUUAAAAUCAGAAAAAUAUCUUUAUGUCUAUAAUCGAUAUCUUUCGAAUGGUUUGCUUAAUGGUCUUUCUCUUUGUAAUACAGUAUAAAUAUUAAUCACGAUUUCUUUCUUUUCAAAACCUAAAAGUUCAAGAAGUACACGUUAAAAACAUAAUCGAAUAUUUUGGCCAAUUUCCUAAUAAGAAAUAAAUAAGCAAUAAAUUGUUAGUAUUUAAAUCCAAGAUUA